CAAAGCCGAGGGCGGCCACCCCGGCUGCGCCUGGGACGUCUGGGGUCGCGGCUAUGAUCAGCUGGGAACCGUUAACCUGCUCACUGACGCCGUCGUCGCGCGCAGCGCCCGGGAGGAGAUCAAGGUACCUCUAACCUGCAAACAAACGCACGGACGAACGAACGAACGAAGAAGCAAACACUGACAUACUUCCCAUCCCCCUCUGUAUUUCGCAGACCGGGCACAGCUUUGCGCUGAAUCUACCCUUGCACCUGCCUGUCGAGCCAUUUUUUAUGCGCCAGGGCCUGCAGCAUACGUUCAUCCCGUCCACAGCGCCGCGCUGGAAGGAGCACCGGCAGGCGGUCGCCGAGCGGCACCGGCAGCGCGGGCGCAAUCCCGUCAACGCCAUCUCUGCGGAAGACACGACGUCCGACGACGCGCAGCACGCACCGUGCACCGACGAGGUCCUCACAGCUAACACGCAGUGCAGCACCCACUGGGACGGCCUGCGGCACGUGGGCCACACGAGCCUCAACGUCUUCUACGGCGGCGUCCCGCGCGCCGAGAUCCACGACGCAGCCAAGGCGCACAACGCACACGCGCACACCAGCGGCGUGCCACCGCAGCGGCUUCACAACCCCAACCUCGAGUCGCCCUCGUCCCCCGCGCUGAAGCUCGGCAUGCAGAACUGGGCCACGCACGGCAUCUCCGGCCGCGGCGUCCUGCUCGACGUCUGGGGCUACCUCAGCCGCAAGGACCUGGACCGCCAGCGCCGUGGGCAUCAUAAGGUUGGCUACCGUUUCGGGCCGUACGACCCGUGCUCGACGCACACCAUCACGCUCGAUGACCUCAAGGAGACGGCCGCCGCGCAGGGCGUGCGCUUCCGGCAGGGCGACAUCCUCCUCAUCCGCAUGGGCUUCACUACGCGCUACUACAACAGCAAGCCCAGUGAGCGCACCAAGUGGAGCAUCUCCAACGCCGCCCUGCACGGCAGCGGCCACAAGUUUGCCGGCAUCGAGUCAUUGCACCGCAUGGCCGCCUGGCUCUGGGACCAACACUUCGCCGCCAUCGCGUCCGACUCGCCGACGCUCGAAAGCUGGCCGCCACGCCAAGGCUUCACGAGUCUGCACGAGCAGCUGCUCGGGUUCUUCGGCAUGCCCAUCGGCGAGAUGUUCGACCUCGAGGCGCUCACCGAACACUGCGUCAAGAAUAAAAGGUGGACGUUCCACUUUGUCUCAUGGCCUAGCAACCUCUAUGGCGGCGUCGCCAGUCCCGCUAACGCCGCCGCAUACUUUUGAGACCAACGGUUUCUCUUGCAUUCUCAUAAUGUAACAUGUAACAUUCCUCAAGCAUGACUUCGUCCGUUGUAACGCGC